AUGAAGCACCCUGACGGUUUAUUUAUUCAUAAUUUGUUUGAAAAAACGUUCACAACAUUUAUAUUAGUAAACGAGUUAGUCACUCCUAUUAAGAGUGGAAUGUAUGAACCAAAUAUUUCAAAUUUCGAUAAGUUUCUUGAUGAAACAUUGGAUAGGAUAUCCACAGUCCCUUUAGAUAUAUUAUACGAAAAAUAUUUCAAAUACUCAAGACUAGAAGGGAAUCAAUCAGUUACCACGGAUGAAAUUCAAUAUAAUGAGACGACAAGUCGUACGUUCAAUUUUCAAAGUUCAAGUGGUAAUCAUUUUAAAGAUAUUUCGAACGGUAACAACCGUAAAAAUAGCAAAAAACGUUCGUUCAAAAUUUCAAGGAGCCUCGUAAUUGGAGACGCUGAUAGUACACACUGUCCACGCAUAAAUAUUAUUGAGAAACAGGAUUUACCAGGUACUUGGGUUGAGUGUAACUUUUGUUCUAACUGGCGAUACCUACCAAAAGUUUAUGAUCCAUCUCAGUUCAAUGGUUCAUGGUCUUGUACUUUAAAUCCUAAAUACUUCAAAAGAUUAACUGCCAAUUCAACAGCCAAAAAAUAUAUACAUAAUCCUUUUGAAGAAUCCGAAGAUUUAAGUGCUGGUAAACAGGGAGAUCAGUUUAUUUUUGAACAUUUUUCUGUUGGAUCAAUUGUUUGGGUUAAAAUUCAAGGCUAUCCAGAUUGGCCAGGAAUGGUUUGUUACAAUAGUCAGGGAAGAUAUGCUGAAUUUGAUGCAAGUAGUAAAGAGGUGACUUAUUACUAUGUAGUGUUUUUAAACCCCAAACGUUUGGCAGUGAGUAAAGUUCCGGCAAACAGAAUAUAUAAGUUCACCACGUUUAAUGAAGUGGAUUUAAGCAAAAUUCCUAAACGAUUCUGGAGAAGAUUACAAGCUGCUGGACAAGAAGCUGAAAAUGCUCUACUUUUGAGUGUAAAAAAUAGAAUAGCAAUAUAUGGAUAUCAUCAUAAAUAUGAAGAUAUUCCAGUUAAGAUUUCUAGUCAAGUUAAAAACAGUUCAAGACUUUAUCAAGAGAAAUCAAAAACUAUUUCAAAUGAAAUUAGACGAAAAAGAGUUUACAAAAGGAAAAUACCACCAAUUCACUCUUAUUCAGUAAAUGAAAAUUCAGAUAGACUAAUUGACUAUCAAUUGGAUACUAAUUCCAAUCACACAUCGAAUAUGAUCCUAUCUAGUGAAGAGAAACUUUCCAAUGCAAUCAUAAAUGGUAAUACAAAUUUCCACAAAGUAAUGCCUGUAAGUAAUCAUAUAUCUGACAAUUAUAAUAAAGAAUCAAAUAACAUUUCAUUGAAUAAUAAUUCCAUAGAAUAUCAACAAUUAGAUCUUUCAUUGAAAAGUAAUCUAUUGGUAAAAUCAAAUAAUACAACAUUUGAUACACAGUAUAAUAAUACUGAUAUAAACAUUGAUAAUGAUGUAUUACUUAAUGAUAAUACAUGCCAGAAAAUGAUAAUGAAUGAUAAAAUUAGUUCGAUUGAUUGUUAUUCACCUAGUUUUCUUAAACCAAUUGAAUGUGAUCAAAUAAUGAAAGAGUUCAUAUGUUCUAUUGAUAAUUGUUCAAAUCUUAAUAUUGAAACAACUGAUAUCCAAAUGAAUAAUACCAUAUAUUUAGAACAAAAUAAUCUAUCAUUAAACAAUUAUGAAAAUAAUAAACCUAAAAGUAAUUUAAUAAGAAAUCAGAAUUAUUUCAAACUAACUUAUAAUGAUUUAUUGGUUUAUUCUAAUAAUCUUAUUGCCAAUAAUAAUGAUAUUCCAAUGUCGCCAGAUUAUAGUAAUAAGGAUACAGUUCAACACUUGUCAUUGAAUUCUAGUAUAAAGAUUUUAUAUGAAAACAUUCCAUUCUAUUAUCAAUAUUUUGGAAGUAAUGAAGCUUAA